UCUCACUCGUAACUCCCGCUGAAACUCGUCGUCAUCAUCACCACAACCACCACCACCACCACCUCCUCAACUAUCCACUCUCAUCCCAAACCCUCACUCACUCUCCCUCUUUCUCUCUCUAGAGAUGCUUCAAUCUUGUUCCCAAACGAUUCCCAAAAUGGCCACCUCUUCAAAACCCACAUGCACCCUUCUCUUGCUCCUCACCCUAUCUAUUCUAGCCCUGUUCACCAUCCUCCCACUCCACCAACACCGCCACCCCGCUGUUUCCAGAAGUCCCCAGGACCCCCUUUUCUACCAAGACACAUUCCUCUCCUCGGCGACCAACUACACCUUCUCCACCUACCUCCGCCACCUCACCCUCCACUCCCACCUCGCCGGCACUCCACCCUCCCUCCAAACAGCUCUCUACGUCAAAACCCACUUCCAAAACCUCAACCUUGCCACCCACCAAAAUGAUUACGCUGUCCUCCUCUCUUAUCCUAUGCACUCCUCGCUCACCGCCCACUUUGGCAACGGCACCGUCGUCUCUCUCCCGCUAUCUGAACCGGGUGUUACCCAAAACGGCGUUGUAAGGCCAUACCACGCCUACUCACCAUCUGGGUCGGCGUAUGGUGAGGUGGUUUUUGUGAACUAUGGGAAGGAGGAGGACUACCGUGCGCUGCGCGAGCAAGGGGUGAAGGUUAAGGGAUGUAUAGCCAUUGUACGGAGGGGUGGUGGGAUGUCAAGGAAUGACGUGGUUGUGAAGGCUGCAGAGAAAGGGGUGGCGGCGGUGCUAAUGUACACGGAGGGGGAUAGCUUUAGGGAAGGGGUGGAGAGAGGGACGGUGAUGGGUGGUUUGGGGGACCCACUAAGCCCUGGGUGGGCCGGGGUUGAAAAUGGAGAAAGGUUAGGGGUGGAGGAGGAUCAGGUAAUUCAAAGGUUCCCGAAAAUACCCUCCAUGCCAAUAUCGGCAGAAAGGGCUGAGACCAUUUUGAGUUCACUAGAGGGAGCCAGAGUGCCCUCUCAGUGGUUGGGAACCCUAAAGACUAAGGUUCAGAGGGUCGGGCCAGGCCCAACAAUGCUGAAUUUUACUUACCAGGGGGAGAAAAAAAUGGCAACAAUCCACAAUAUUUUUGCCGUUAUAAGGGGAUCAGAAGAACCUGACCGCUUUGUACUACUCGGAAACCAUAGAGAUGCGUGGACUUAUGGAGCAGUUGACCCCAAUAGUGGAACUGCAGCCCUACUUGACAUUGCCCGUCGAUUUGCUCUUCUAAUGCGCUUGGGGUGGAAUCCUAGGAGGACAAUCAUUCUAUGCAGUUGGGAUGCAGAAGAGUUUGGGAUGGUAGGAUCUGCUGAAUGGGUUGAGCAAAACCUUUUGAAUCUGGGUUCUAAAGCUGUAGCCUACCUGAAUGUGGAUUGUGCGGUUCAAGGGCCUGGAUUCUUUGCCAGGGCAACUCCCCAGCUAGACAAUCUCCUAAUUGAUGUGACAAAGAAGGUUAGAGAUCCUGACUCAGAGGAUGCGACAUUACAUGAUAAAUGGAGAGCUACCAAUAAUGGUAUAAAGAUCCAGAGACUCAGUGGAGUAGAUUCAGAUUUUGCUCCGUUUUUGCAACAUGCAGGGGUUCCUUCCACUGAUAUGUACUAUGGCAGAGAUUUCACAGUCUAUCACACUGCUUUUGACUCUUAUAACUGGAUGACAAAUUUUGGAGAUCCAUUGUUUCAGCGUCAUGUGGCUGUCACUGGAGUCUGGGGACUUCUUGCACUUCACCUGGCUGAUGAUCCAAUUCUACCGUUUAACUACCUCUGUUAUGCAGCUGAGUUGCAGGAGUAUACAAAUAUCUUGAGCAACUUGUUGGAAGGAAAUGUCUCUUUGGAUCCUAUAAUUGCUGCCAUUCAAGAGCUCACAGCUGCAGCUAAAAAAGUUGAGGAGGAAGCAAAGAGAUUGAGACAGCAAGAAACUGUGGGAGAACUUUUGUUGUUGAAGCGGCGGAUAUUGAAUGAUAAGCUGAUGUUUGCUGAGAAAGGCUUCUUGGAUUCUGAGGGGCUUGAAGGGAAGGAAUGGUUCAAGCAUCUCGUUUAUGGGCCUCAUAGUGGCAGUGAAAGCAAACUGGCUUUCUUCCCUGGGGUAGUUGAUCAUAUCUUCCCAUCCAUAAGAAUGAACAAGAUCAAACAGCAGGCAGCAAUUCAGCAUGAGAUCUGGAGGGUUGCCAGGGCCAUUCAAAGGGUUGCCUAUACUCUCAAAGGUGAACUCACCUGAAAUUAUCAUCAGAGAGCUUUCACAUAUACUGUGUGUAUGAGAGAGAGAGAGAGAGUAAACAUGUGUAAAUUAUGUAUAUAUGACUUUGUUUUUUCUUUCAUAGCCUUUUGUCGC